AUGUUUGAAGAAAUGGCGUGGAAGACCAUGGGUUGGGUCUGCUUGGAUGAUCAGAUUAUGAAAGAAGAGAUCAUUAAAAAAUUGCUGCACACUGAUGCAGUCACUCCAGAUAUCAUGAAAGGAGUCGAUCUAACAUUUGAGGCACUCUAUAAUAGAGAUGACCUGAAGAAUCUCCUGAAGGAGAGCAAAGUACUUCAGGCAAUAAGCCGAAUUUAUAUUACGAGGCCAAAGGAUAACGCCAAGGCGACCUGGGAAAAGGGCAUAUUGGACCCGGAAGAUAUCCGACGAAUGAAUGAUCUCAAAACUGAUGGAGAGGUUGUGAUAGAGAAAGAGGACCGCCAACUUCCGUUGCUUGUAGCUAAGCAAGAUUAUGUUUAUCAACUGGUUGCUUCAGUCAGGCUAUCUGGCGAGCGAUACGACAAGAAGGGCAUGAAGAUCGUCGAUGAUGUCCGGACAUACUGGAUCGACGGCCAACCGGUCGAUUCACGAAAUGUGGCUGUUGCAGGGAAUAAAAAAGAAGAGCAUAUGGAAAAAGAGUAUAAGGAAGCUGGGAAUAAGAGAUGGAGUAUUAGAGAGCCGGGUCGAUACCUUCUUUUCUAUACUCGCGUCACCCUUGCUGAUGGCGUACCAGAGUCUGUCCUUGAAAAGAAGUUUCCCGAAUCAUCUCAAUGUUUAAAGGGGAAGAAGCACAAAAGAAAACGACGACUAAGCCCAAGACGUCGGAUAAAGUCUGAUACAAAUACUCGUCUUCCUGGAUAUAUUGUUCCGGAUCUUGAAUUCGACGAAGAAUCGGAGUUUCCAAUCCGUAGAGGUGGCAAUCCAUCCAAGCCAGUGAUGAACCCACAGGAAAAGCCUUCCGGGAGCAGAGAAUCUGCUGAACGAGCAGUUGGUAAAUAA